AUGGCUUCUCUAUUUCCCUUCAAGUUUUUCACCAUCCUCGCGUUGACAUCGGCACUGCUUCUCUCCCCGUCUUUAGCCCAAACAACAUGUGCUACUGUUUCCCCGAAAUAUGCUCCAGUUGUCGCAGCCGGCUACAACGCGAAGGUUCUCAUGAACGGGUUAAAGACUCCACGAGGAAUGCUCUUCGAUUCCCAAGGCAAUUUACUCAUUGUUGAGCAAGGAGGCGCUGGAGUCAGACUUGUGAAGUUGACAGAUGGAGACGGAACCAACGUUUGUGUUGCAAGCAGUAAACAGUUGAUUGCAGAUUCAUCACUCAAUCAUGGUAUCCAACUUACGGGCGAUGGUAAAACUCUGUUUGUUUCUAGCGAGACGAUAGUAUAUUCAUAUACUUACGACGCAACCGCAGGCACCUCUAUAAUUCCCUCGGGUCAUGCGACUCGCACUCUUCUUAUCUCAAAGCAGAACCCUGACCAGAUACUCGUCCAAGUCGGUUCGAACGCCAAUAUAGAUUCUGCGACCACAGAAGCCAGCUCAGGUCGUAGUCAGGCCAGGAUCUUCAGUAUCAACGCGCUCACCGCUGGAACAUCUUCAGUCGCUUAUUCGACAGGAACACUGUUCGCAUGGGGACUGAGGAACAGCAUAGGUUGGGCUGAGGAACCCACCACAGAUAUUCACAUGAACAACCCAGGGGAAGAGCUGAAUUAUCACGGCGUACUCAACGACACCAAAUCCCCACAGUUCGGUGCCAACUAUGGCUACCCGCUCUGCAUCGCCGCACGCGAUCCCACCAUCCUACCUGCCAAUACGGGAAUUCAAAUUGGUACCCAAUUCGUAUAUGGCACGGUUGGUGGAACAAAUACAGAUGAUUCAUGCGCUCCUAAGCAGGCACCUAGACUAACUUUUCCGGCUCAUACCGCACCAAUUGACCUUAAAUUCACUGCCAACGGAAGUGCCUUGUACGUUACGUUCCAUGGCAGCUGGGAUCGCCAACCUCCUGAUGGAUAUCGUCUAAGCCGUGUUGACUUCAAGAAUGGUCAGCCCCUCCAGCCAGCCAAUAGCACAAAUCCGGCGAUCAAUAUCUUGACAAAUGCGGAUAAUACGAAGUGUCCAAAUGGCUGCUUUCGACCUUCGGGACUUGCUUGGGACUCCAAGAAUCGACUUUAUAUGGCGAGUGAUUCGACGGGGGAGGUUUUUGUUAUUAGUGUGAUGUUUUAA